CUCGAGAUCCACAUCAAAAUCCCCGUGUCUCCAUCAUCGUCCAUCUACUUAGCUUGUUUAAAAUGGAAGAGAAAACAUGGAAAAUGCUUGAGAACAACCCCGACGUCAUGAACCAACUAGCAGUAAAGCUAGGCCUAUCCCCGGAGCUCCAGUUCUACGACAUCUAUUCCAUAGACGACCCGUCACAACUCACACACAUCCCCCGACCUGCUCUGGCACUCUUAGUCAUUAUCCCACUUACACCAGCCUGGGACCAAAGCCGCAAGGCCGAAGACGCUAACAAAGAAGAACCCUACCCUGGCUCCGGCCGUCCUGACGAGCCAGUCAUCUGGUUCAAGCAGACCAUCGGCCAUGCUUGCGGAUCGAUCGGGCUAUUACAUAGUGUGAUCAACGGUCCGGCUGUCGACUUCAUCACACCUGGGUCCGAUCUUGAGACGAUACGGAACCUCGCUAUACCGCUAGAUAUGGACAAGCGCGCUGAAAUACUGUAUCACAGUGAGGCGUUUGAAGUUGCUCAUAGGUCAGUUGAGCAGUCUGGUGAUAGCGAUGCCAAUCUAAUGGAUGAGCGUGACGGGGGGCAUUUUGUUAGUUUCGUCAAGAGCGGCGGGAAGCUCUGGGAGCUGGAGGGGUCGAGGAAGGGGCCUUUGGAAAGGGGAGAUCUUGCUGAAAAUGAGGAUGUUCUUAGUCCACGAGCGCUUGAUAUGGGCAUCAGGAGGAUCAUCAAACUGAAUGCGGAUGAAGGGGGUAGUCUGCUUUUUAGUUGCAUUGCUCUGGCGCGUAAGGCUUAGGGGAUGGCUGGAUAGGAAAUUGACAUACUUUGCCAGAGGGCUGUUAUCUGCAAUCUUAUUGGUGAUGAAGUCUAGUCUCUGCUCUAUGUGAUGACUAAUAGGCACCUCGGCUGUCGCCGGCUCCACUGGCAAACUCAGCUAGCGCAAGCGAGGACC